CCAUCUCAUCUCGUCUCCGUGCCGACGGUGCCCGUGCCCAUCGAUAUUCCAUUCCCCCGAUUCCCUCCCCUCUUCUCUCCCAUGGGAGGGGAAUAAUUAUAGAAACUACACACUCCAAUCUAUCCCCACUCCGCAAUGCGCCUCCUCGCCGCCGCCGCCGCCGCGCUCCUCCUCCUCCUCGCCACCGCCGCCGCCGCCGCGGAGCUGCCGGAGUUCCGGGAGGCCCCGGCGUUCCGCAACGGCGCGGGGUGCGCAGGCACGCCCACGAUCCACAUCGCCAUGACCCUGGACGGCACCUACCUGCGCGGCUCCCUCGCGGGGGUCCUCUCCGUGCUCCGCCACGCCGCCUGCCCGGAGUCCAUCGCCUUCCACUUCGUCGCCUCCUCCGCCUCCCCUCCCCGCCGCCUCGCCCGCCUCCGCGCGGCCCUCGCCGCCGCCUUCCCCACGCUCCCCGCCGCGAUCCACCGCUUCGACGCGCGCCUGGUCCGCGGCAGGAUCUCCUCCUCCGUCCGCCGCGCGCUCGACCAGCCCCUCAACUACGCGCGCAUCUACCUCGCCGACAUCCUCCCACCCACCGUCCCCCGCGUCCUCUACCUCGACUCCGACCUCCUCGUCGUCGACGACGUGGCCCUCCUCUGGGCCACCGACCUCGGCCCCCGCUUCGCGCUCGCGGCCCCCGAGUACUGCAACGCCAACUUCACCUCCUACUUCACCGACGCCUUCUGGCACCACCCGGCCUACCCCGCCGUCUUCGCGAACCGCUCGCGGGCGCCCUGCUACUUCAACACGGGCGUCAUGGUCAUCGACCUGGACCGGUGGCGCGCGGGCGACUACACGGCCAAGCUCGAGUACUGGAUGGACGUGCAGAAGCAGGAGGCCCGGAUCUACGAGCUCGGCUCGCUCCCGCCCUUCCUCCUCGUCUUCGCGGGCGACGUCAAGGCCGUGCAGCACCGCUGGAACCAGCACGGCCUCGGCGGCGACAACGUGGCGGGACAGUGCCGCGAGCUCCACCCGGGCCCCGUCAGCCUCCUGCACUGGAGCGGCAAGGGGAAACCCUGGCUCAGGCUCGACGCUGGUCGCCCCUGCCCGCUCGACGCGCUCUGGGCGCCCUACGACCUGCUCCGCCGCCAAGGCGCGCGCGACGACCUCCUCGCCGCAGUCGCCUGACGGUCAGUAAUCCAUCCAUCAGUUGUUCGGAUCACUCACUGUCGACCAUGACUCGUCAGCCUGGUUGCGGCGUCGCCGUCGCGGCUGGGGUCCGUGUCGGUGGUGUGACACGCGCACGCCGGCCCUCGUGGCCUCGGAGGACGACAGGCCCGGCGCGGGCCCACGUGGAUGGACAGAUUUAUUAUGGCUUUGGUGGAGUGGCUCUAUCGGGCAUUGAACCCUGGGCCCAUGUGUCGGCGAUGGAUGCCAAGGUUUUGGGGAGAGUUUUGGUGCUGAGAUGCGACGAGAUCUUCUAUCAGAUGCAAGCCAUAGGUUGUGUACAGCUGUCAUUUCUUGCCCUUUUCGGGAAAUACUUUAUUGAUUUCAUUCGUUUUCGGUUA